GCAGCUGACUCUGGUUCCCACACCCCCGCCGGAGCAGCAGGGGAGGAGCCCGGCCGCCCCAGGCGGGCGGAGCAGCCUGUCCCGCAGCGAGCGAAGGAGGCAGCGGCGGCGCCUCUCCGCCCUGUCUGUGCUGCCCGCUGCGCGGGGGAGUCCGGACGCGCCCGCCCGCCCGGCCGGGGCUCGCCGCGGGGAAGUCAGUGAGGCUAUGCAGGGGCCUGCUCACAUGGAUCAGCUUGCAGAAUCAUGGCCAAAGACUGUGUCUGUUUGCUGUAGCAGAAAGAGCUCUUCUGCUAUCCCUGAUGGUGACAUGCAAGCAAACAAAACCCCUGUGUGACACACAGGGGCUUUAAUCAUGAGCAACCCUUUUGCAUGGCUUGCAGAGCCACUAGACUCCAACCAGCCUGCGAAGAAGUUCUUCAAUCUGAACAAAUUGGGAGAUGCAAGAUAUGGACGUUUGCCGUUUUCUAUCAAGGUCCUCCUGGAGGCAGCCAUCCGCAACUGUGACGAGUUCCUAGUGAAGAAGGAAGAUGUUGAGAAUAUCCUCAACUGGAAUGUGAUGCAGAACAAGAAUGUCGAAGUGCCAUUUAAUCCUGCACGAGUUAUUCUGCAGGAUUUAACGGGCGUACCUGCAGUGGUUGACUUUGCUGCAAUGCGUGAUGCUGUGAAGAAACUGGGCGGAGACCCUGAAAAAAUUAAUCCUAUCUGUCCUGCUGAUCUAGUAAUUGAUCAUUCCAUCCAGGUGGAUUUUAACAGGAGGUCAGACAGUUUGCAGAAGAAUCAGGAGCUGGAGUUCGAAAGGAACAAAGAAAGAUUUGAGUUCUUAAAGUGGGGCUCCAAAGCUUUCCACAACAUGAAGAUUAUUCCUCCCGGCUCGGGAAUUGUCCACCAAGUGAAUUUAGAAUACCUGGCAAGAGUGGUGUUCGAUCAGAAUGGGUACUAUUAUCCAGACAGCCUGGUAGGCACUGAUUCACACACUACAAUGAUUGAUGGUCUGGGAGUGCUGGGCUGGGGUGUUGGUGGCAUUGAAGCAGAAGCGGUGAUGCUGGGCCAGCCAAUCAGCAUGGUGCUUCCUAAAGUGGUUGGUUACAAGCUGAUGGGAAAUCCUCAUCCCCUGGUAACAUCCACAGACAUAGUGCUCACCGUUACCAAGCAUCUUCGCCAGGUUGGUGUGGUGGGUAAGUUUGUGGAAUUCUUUGGGCCUGGUGUAGCCCAGCUGUCAAUUGCUGAUCGAGCCACCAUUGCCAACAUGUGCCCCGAAUAUGGAGCAACUGCAGCCUUCUUCCCAGUCGAUGAAGUCAGCAUCAGGUACCUGAUCCAAACGGGUCGUGAUGAAGAAAAAAUUAAGCACAUAAAGAAUUACCUUGUGGCUGUGGGGAUGUUCAGAGAUUUCAAUAACUCCGCUCAGGAUCCAGAUUUUACCCAGGUUGUGGAGCUGGAUCUGCACACCGUCGUGCCUUGCUGUAGUGGGCCCAAAAGACCUCAGGACAAAGUAGCUGUGUCAGAAAUGAAGAAGGACUUUGAGACCUGCCUGGGAGCCAAGCAAGGUUUCAAAGGAUUCAGUGUCGCCCCGGACCAUCACGGUGACCGUGUGAAGUUUGUUCAUAACGGCUCUGACUUCGAGCUGACCCAUGGUUCGGUGGUGAUUGCUGCCAUUACCAGCUGUACUAAUACCAGCAACCCCUCGGUUAUGCUAGGAGCUGGAUUGCUUGCUAAGAAAGCUGUUGAUGCCGGUCUGACUGUGAAGCCAUACAUUAAAACCAGCUUGUCCCCAGGCAGUGGGGUUGUCACUUACUAUCUGCGGGAGAGUGGAGUUAUGCCUUACCUUGCUCAGCUAGGGUUUGAUGUGGUGGGUUACGGGUGUAUGACCUGCAUUGGGAACAGUGGACCUCUACCAGAGCCUGUUGCAGAAGCCAUCACUCAGGGAGACCUCAUAGCGGUGGGCGUGUUGUCCGGAAACAGGAAUUUUGAGGGUCGCAUCCAUCCCAAUACUCGGGCCAACUACCUUGCCUCCCCGCCACUGGUAAUAGCCUAUGCUAUCGCGGGGACCAUAAGGAUUGACUUUGAGAUAGAACCUUUAGGAGUAAAUGCAGAAGGGAAGGAAAUUUUCCUAAAAGACCUCUGGCCAACAAGAGACGAGAUCCAGGCCGUUGAACAUCAGUACGUCAUUCCAGGGAUGUUUAAAGAAGUCUACCAGAAAAUAGAGACAGUAAAUGAAUCCUGGAAUGCCUUAGAUGCUCCAUCAGAUACACUAUAUACUUGGAAUCCCAAAUCUACAUACAUUAAAUCACCCCCUUUCUUUGAGAACCUGACUUUGGAGCUUGAGCCUCCUAAAUCCAUAGUUGAUGCCUACGUGCUCUUAAAUUUGGGCGAUUCUGUAACAACUGACCACAUAUCUCCAGCUGGGAAUAUAGCAAGGAACAGCCCUGCUGCUCGUUACUUAACCAGCAGAAGCUUGACUCCCAGAGAGUUCAACUCUUACGGCUCCCGCAGAGGUAAUGACGCUGUCAUGGUCAGAGGAACGUUUGCAAACAUUCGCUUGUCAAACAAAUUCAUCAAUAAGCAGGCACCCCAGACCAUCCACUUCCCUUCUGGAGAAACACUGGAUGUGUUUGAUGCAGCUGAGAGAUACAAGCAGGCAGGCCAUCCCCUCAUUGUGCUGACUGGCAAGGAGUAUGGCUCAGGAAGCUCCAGGGACUGGGCAGCAAAGGGCCCUUUUCUGCUGGGAAUUAAAGCCAUUCUUGCCGAGAGCUAUGAGCGCAUCCACCGCAGUAACCUGGUAGGAAUGGGAGUGAUUCCCCUGCAGUAUCUGCCCGGAGAGGAUGCUGAGAGUUUAGGUCUCACAGGACGGGAACGUUACACAAUUGUCAUUCCUGAAGAACUUGCACCAAGGAUGAAAGUCCAGAUCAAGCUGGAUACUGGGAAAACCUUCCAAGCCAUCAUGAGGUUUGACACUGAUGUGGAGCUCACUUAUUUCCGCAAUGGUGGCAUCCUGAACUACAUGAUCCGUAAAAUGGCAUCCUAAUUAAAGCAACAGCAAGCAACGGUCCAGUUAGAAACCUGCCUUUGAUGGCCACAUGCGAAUGCCUAAUAAUCACGGAACUUAGACGUCUAAACCAUGAAACCAGUUGUUUCCUUGUGGACUGUAUUACCCAGGGGCUUGUUUACAAAGGUAGAAUGUGUUCAGUUUCCUGACACACUCAUUUAUUCUUCCCAAUUAAAUACCUGUAUUAUUUUUUGUAUGGGGACUAGAGUGACUAUUCUAGUGUGGGGCGAUGCAGAAAGUGGAUCUGUAAACAGUGCCAAAGCCUG